CAUUACUCCUGGGGUAUUGUUCUUAAAAUCGCCUUUGGUGUUGAAUUUGAUGAUUGUCUUUGCAGGGCGAAUUUCAACUGGACGUUCUUUAAGAGGUUCUGGAGAAUCGUCUGCCUUCUCUUCCCCUCCAUUAAGAAGCCUGGGCCGUUGCUAUGCAUUUUCUUGCUGCUGUUGUGCCUGCUGGAGCAAGUCCUCAUCUACUAUGUUGGGCUGUUGUCCGGAAAGUUCUACAAGAUUCUCACAGACAAAGAGGAAGCUGAGUUCUACAAGCAGCUGUUGGAAGGGGUUUUGCUGAUCCUUGCAGAGGCGUUUAUCCUCAGCACUAAAACGUAUGUCGCCUCUGUGCUAUACAUCACGUGGAGAGGCUCAGUGUGCAAUGCUCUGCAUGACCUCUACUUCACGGACAUCCUGUACUACAAGCUCAACGUCGUGGACAAGACUGUUGACAAUCCGGACCAGCGUAUCACCCAGGAUGUGGAACGCAUGUGUAACACUUUCAGUCAAGUUCUCAUUCCCAUCAUGAUCACCCCAUUCACCACUGGCUACUACUUGUACAAGGCAUGGAAUGCGUCUGGGUACAUUGGACCAGCCAGCACAGCCGUGUUCUUUGUUGUGUUUACUGUGUUCAACAAGCUGUUGAUGACUCCAGUGGUGAAGUACUUUUACAUACAGGAGAAGAAAGAAGGAGAUUUCAGGUACAAGCAUAUGCAAAUGAGAAGCAAUGCUGAGUCUGCUGCAUUUUACCGGGCAGGCAAAGUGGAGAAAGUCAAAGCAAAUAAGAAGCUCUCUACUCUACUCAGAACACAACAUCGACUGGUUCUAUGGGAAUUUGCUCUCCAUUGUUGUACGAACAGUGCAGACUACUUGGGCUCCAUCUUGUCAUACAUUGCAAUUGCUUUUCCUAUUUUCGUUGGGAGAUACGAUUAUAUGGAACCAGGAGAAUUGGCCCAGCUUAUCAGUACAAAUGCCUUUGUGUCUAUAUAUUUGAUCAACUGUUUCACAAAGUUGAUAGACCAGUCAGUUCAAAUGACUGAUGUAGUAGGAGCAGCUCACAGAAUCGGCCAGCUGUUUGAGGAGCUGGGUCGGCUGAAGGAUGAACAAAAUGAAAACUACAGCUUCUUAGAGGCAACUACCAACCCGCGAGCUUCUCCCCGGAAUGAUAUUCCUGUCCGCGAUGCUGGGGAUGGCUCAACUGCCUUCAGAUUCCAAGAGGUCUCCUACGGGUUGCCCAAGACAGCAAAAGUCUUGUGUCGUAAUUUAUCAUUCCAGCUGGAGAGCGGUGUCAAUGUUCUGAUCACUGGCGAGAGUGGCUGUGGGAAAACAUCAUUACUACGUGUUCUCAGUGGCCUCUGGAAGUCUGCAAGAGGUCAGAUCAGCAGGCAUGUGCCCCUAGGACCAACUGGUAUGUUCUAUUUGCCACAAAAACCAUACUUCACAGACGGCACUUUGAGAGAACAGGUGAUUUAUCCGUUGCAAGACUGUGAUGUGGUGCCGGAUGAUGAAAAACUCCACCAUUAUCUGUCACUUGUUGGUCUGACCGGCCUUUUGGACAGACUUGGAGAUUUGGAUGUGGAUGCUGAGUGGAACUGGUAUGAUGAAAUGUCUCCUGGUGAAAUGCAGAGGCUUUCUUUUGUUAGGUUGUUUUUUCACCAGCCCCCAUACGCAAUCCUGGACGAGGCCACGAGCCAGGUGAGUCAAGACAUGGAGGAGCUACUGUACAGCACUUGCCGAGAGCUGGGCAUCACCAUCCUAAGUAUAGGUCAUAGGUCGACCGUCCGCCAGUUUCACGACAUGGAGCUGCACUUUGACGUGUCGGGGAGCUGGUCUCUGACGCCCGUUGAAGGUCUGACGGUGAACAGCUGAUGAUGAUGAUGCUGACGGUUGUAGGGUGAAGGUCAUAUUGUUCUUAGGGUAUUACUAAAUUUGCUAAGUGAGUGUGAGUGUGAAUGAACAUGUGUCAGUGGAGGGAGGUAAAUUAAUAAUCUUAGAUGAAGUGCUAGCCUCUACCUCAUUGCUAGUUGACUGUUGCUACAAACAAAGUGAUCCGUCUGUGAAUAUACAUAUUGUUUGAUUUAAAUCAAUGACUUUAUUUUUUGUAUGUGUUCUGCUUUGUGAAACUUGUUCAUCUGCCUCUCACUUUCAUUUUUCUUUUUCAUUUCUCAUGGAAGUGUGUGAUGUUUAGCGGCGAGUAUCAGAAGAUUGUAUGUUGAUGCAGGUUAGAGUUGAAUUAUUUAUUUUUCUUGUGAUAUUUCUUGGGACCCAGUUUUAAACUGAUGCAAGGUUUGGAUGUGUCAUGACUAUGGUAUGUCCCGCAUAAGUUCAAGGAAUAUACUGGGAUGACCAAAUAUGAUGUCGUAAAUGUCUGCUAUGGAUGAAUGCUGGCGAUUUGUAUUUUUGUGUGUGUUAAAUUAAAAAAAUUUCCUCAUCUGUUGCCAUUGAGCAUUGAGGGGAGAUGCCGUUUGAUUUUAAAAAUCAAAUAAAGUAUUUAUUUUUAGUGUUUGAAUACAAUCAUAAGUUGCAAGACUGCAGAUUGAAACAAAAUGUUUUUUCACUCAGCCAAACGCUCGAUUUGAUAUUUUAACUAUUUUCAUUUACCAGACUAUUGUAGAGAUUGAAACAUCAAAUCAUCAUUUAAAUUGUUUUUUGUAUCUUAUGUUUUUUGUUUUGUGAAAUUACUAUCAUAUAGUAUAGCAGGGGAGGCCGGCAGAUUUUAAAUGAGGUUUGUUCACUUCCUUAAUCAUUUUGUUGACCAAAACAUCGGUUUAAAUUCAUUACAACUUGUUACCUGGAAAGUUGUCCUUAUGACUUUGAUCAAGUACAUAGAGAAAUUAGAGAAAUUGUUUCUUUUGUAUUGAUUUGUGGUAAUAUCAGUGUUUUUUAAAACGCUUUUCCACUUUUGGUGCUGAUAGUAGUAAUAGAUUGUAAACUUUUCAACUGUGUUUUUAAAAGAUAUAAAAGGUGCUCUUUUAGUAGGCACCCUUCUAAUUAUUAUGUUUUGUAGCUGGACUUUGUAACAGAUAGUUUAUACUUUGAGCAGAUUAAGACAGACUUUCAUGUGCUCUUUCAAUUUCAGUUCUUAUAGGUGCACUAUUAUUGCCGAAUUUGAAUAAAACAGGAAAAAGAAAAUGGUGUCUCUACUCCCUUCUAGGCACUUGAAUUUUGGAGAGAAAAAAAUAGGAGUAUAGAUUCUUUUCGAAAGAAUUGAAUAUUCAGAUUUUUCUCUUUAAUAUAGUGAAUAGCUUUCCAUGUUCUUUAAAAGGGAAUGUCUUUCCCCUGCUCAGUUAACAGAUUCAGCCACAGAAUGUUUACAAUAACUGUUCAAAAGUUUCUCUAAGGCUGAUUGAAUAUUUUAUCUUUAUGACUGCCGUGUUAAGUAUAUUUAAGACUUACUUGGGUUUGUUAAAUAGAACUUGUCUAUUUUGGUAAGUGAAGCUGUAAGCAGACUGGUUAUUGUGAAUGUUGACAUGAGGAAGAAGAAUGCGUGAUUUUUGCACACUGUAACUCAUUUUAAUUGCAGAAUGUAUGUUGAAAGUUUGUUUUAUUUAAUUUCUGUAUGUGGAUAUUAAAGAAUUUGUUAUUGUUAGAUUAUAGAUGUGAAUACGGUAUUAUCCGUUUAUUGAUACAUAUGUACUUUGUGCUUUCAAAGUCUCUUUAUUCCAUCUUUCAGAUUAUUGUAUAUACAACUAAUAUAUUGUUGCUUGUCAAUUUUGUAACUUUCAACGUGUUAAGUUCCAGAGGAAUUUUUUCCCCUAAAAAAAUUUUGGUGAGCUUACAAUUUUUAAAAUUUGUUUUUUUGCUUAGCAUUUGUGUGGCAAAGUCAGGUUUUCACUGGAUCGAUUCAUCCAUAAUAUUGAUAAAUUUUUAUCUUCAAAGCUGUGGAAUUUUCUCUUUGACAGUAUUGGAAUAUCAGGAGGGUAGUAGCUUUUUCAAGGUUUGAACAAAAAACACCACAUUGAGUCUUCCAUGAACAGAUAAUUUUUGCUAUUGGAUUAAAUUUUUACUUUCUGUUUAUAUGCUUACAUUCAUCAUUGAUAUUUUACAAUUCAGUUUGAAAGAACUUGCUGCCAUGUCGCAGUUGUUGAGGACGUGUUCCAUGGUUUGUCAAAUGCACAAAAAUUUAAGAUUCUAAAUGCAUAUCUGUAUUAUUGAAUGGCUUCCAUAGUGGCUUUUGUUAGCAACUUCAAUACAUAUCAUGUUCCAUGUAUAGCUGCUCUGAGCUUGUUUUUCUAAAACUCUGUUGGUAAACUGAUUUUUAUAGAGCUACCCACGGAUAGUUAUAGAGGGAACUAAUGAUAGGGGGGGGGGGGGCUUAUUCUUGGCAAUGUUUUUGUUUUACGUUUUCUUUCUACAUAAACCAUUUAUCUUUCUUUCCCCCCUCAAUGCUGUCUAGCUGUCCUUACUGCAGUACACUUUUAUUCAGUCGUUUGCAAAUGAAUUCAAUCCUUUUAUUAUGGAGAAAACUUUGAAAGGAAAUGCAUUUAAAUUAUGCACGAUGUCAUUGUUUUCUACUAAUCAAUAGUCCUACUGACCACAUCUACAGUUUGGUACUAUUUUGGUCUGUCGAUCAAGAGUUAUUAGUCAUUUUCGCUGUGUGGUUUUCAUGGUGUCUUUGUGCCCACCCCCCCCCCC